AUGUUCAAUCUCCGGCCCCGCUAUGAGCCCUUAAACCCGAACUUUGACCCCAGUCGGUUGCGCACUCGUCUGGUACCGCAGCGCUGCUAUCUGGUAGUAUGGCUGAUCACCAUCGUUAUCGCGGCCGGCAUCGGCGGCCUUAUUGGGAGCCAUCUUGAUCAUCAUAGACCAUGCCAGCCUUCCCCUGGAUAUUCGAAUCCCUCCAUCCCACUGCGAACCCACAAAGAAGUCUUCACCUACAACCGCACCUUUGGAGCUGAUCCCCGCGAGGAUGCCAACACCCAAGCGGCUUGGGAUUCGAUCGUUCCGCUCGGCCAAGGGACCGUCCGAUACCCUACGCCCGAUACCGACCAGAUCUAUUACACGGUAUCGGUGGUCCACCAGUUACAUUGCCUAUGGUCGAUCCACCAGAGCUACUAUGGGGUGAUGAGUGUGAACCACAGCGCCCAGCACGCCGUUCACAAGGAGGAGGAGGAGCACAUCCCACGGCACAUGCGGCACUGUUUCGACUACCUGCGGCAGAGCCUGAUGUGCGCGGCCGACGCGACGCUGGAGCCGGUGGAUGCCGCGCUCGGCGGCGUCACCGGGUGGGGAGCGGAGCGCGUGUGUCGCGACUACGCGGCGCUGGCGGCGUGGGCGGAGGAGCGGCGGGUGAGUGAUGCGCGGGGGUUUGAGUGA